UCCCCUGCUCGCUUCGCCCUGCCCUCAUCGAGGCGAACCAACCCGGCCCAAUCCCCCCCGCGGCGACGCCAAUCGCCCUCGCCUCCGCCUCCGAUGGCCGCCCGGCGCGGUCCCCACGUCAUCAGGCUGCACGACACCAACCCGCCACUCCUCGGCCGCGCGCCGGGGGCGCCGCCCGCGGCCGCGGUGUCCUCCGCCGUUGCGCACCCUGCCUUCGCGGCGAUCGAGGAGCGCCUCGUCGCCCGGGACCAGGACAUCCAGGAGCUCCUCGUCGACAACCAGCGGUUCGCCGCCACGCACGUCGCGCUCCAGCAGCAGCUCAUCGCGGCGCAGCACGAGCUUCGGGCGGUGCACGUCGCCUCCACCAGGGCCCGCGCCGAGCGCGAGGGCGAGGUGCGCGCCCUCGCCGACCAGGCGGCGCACAUCGAGGCCGAGGCGCGGACCGUGGCCGAGGCGCGCGACGAGGUUGACCGGGUCCACGCCGACAUACGGGUUCUCGCUGCGGCGCGCAGUGAGCUCAUGAACCGGCUUCAGGGCCUCCGAGAGCAGCUCGCGCACGCGCAGGCCGAGGCGGGUAAGACCGAGGCCGUCCGUGCUCAGAUUGAAACCAUGCGCCGGGAGAUCCAGAAGGGCAGAGCUGCGGUUGAUUUUGAAAAGAAGGCACAUUCUGAUAACCUUGAACAAAGUAAAGCAAUGGAGAAAAACAUGAUCUCUGUGGCUAGUGAGAUCGAGAAGCUUCGAGGAGAUCUUGUAAAUGCUGAACAGCGGGUCGCUGCUGUCACCCCAACAGCAGCAGUUGCUAACCCUGGGUAUGCUGCAACUUAUGGCAACUCUGGGGCAACGUAUACCGCAACAUAUGGCAAUCCUGAGGCAACAUAUGCUGCACACUCAUAUUCUGAUGCUUAUAGCACUAAUCAGGCUCAUAUGCACACUGACGUCAAUUCUCAUUACAUGACUCAACCUGUUUCCUAUGCACAAUACGGGAACCAGCACACCAAUGUUCAAAGAUGACUGCCGACUCAAGAUUGACUUGGUUGCUGUCUCCGGCUUGAUCAGUGUAAAAGGAUACUUUUAGUGCCAAAUUAAGCAUGUUAGAGAUAUGCAUUACAUGGAAGUGCUGGAAAUCCUGUUCACGUAUUUUUCAGUUAAUCUGUGUCGGAACGUAUAAGUCGGUUGAAGCAACAUCUUUUCCUCAACUUCUCGAUUUACCACAACCCUGAUGACUCAUCAGUCAGUUCUGCAAAUCGGUGUACUUAUUCAUGGAUGUUGAUGACUCAACAUGUUAGCGGUGCAGUCAUUUGUACAUAUAAUGGAUAAUGGCAGCAAGUUGCAGUUUC